AAAGGCAGGCGCUAAACCGCUGCGCCACCCAGGGAUCCCCAGGCCCGUGCUUUUUGGCUCUCGGAGGCACCAGUCCACGCCCGUCGCCACGUGACCCAAACAGAUCCGGGCACUUCCGCUUCCCCUCGGCGUUUUUCCCGUCCGUGUCCGCUGAGGGUCCAGAGCCGGGUCCGCGCGGAGGCGGCGGUGGCGGCGCCAUGGCGGAGCUGACGGCUCUAGAGAGUCUCAUCGAGAUGGGCUUCCCCAGGGGACGCGCGGAGAAGGCUCUGGCCCUCACAGGGAACCAGGGCAUCGAGGCUGCAAUGGACUGGUUGAUGGAGCACGAAGAUGAACCAGAUGUAGACGAGCCGCUGCCGACGCCCCUUGGACGUGCCCUGGGACGGGAACCCACCGUCUCGGAACAAAGUGGCCCUGAAGGAACUGGCUCUACUGGCGGAGAAGGCAAACCCGUUUUGAGUGAAGAGGAGAGGCAGGAACAGACCAAGAGGAUGUUGGAGCUGGUGGCCCAGAAGCAGCGGGAGCGUGAAGAAAGAGAGGAGCGCGAGGCUUUGGAACGGGAACGGCAGCGCAGGAAACAAGGGCAAGAGUUGUCAGCGGCUCGGCAGCGGCUGCAAGAAGAUGAGAUGCGCCGGGCUGCUGAGGAGCGGAGGAGGGAAAAGGCUGAAGAGUUAGCAGCCAGACAGAGAGUCCGAGAAAAGAUUGAAAGAGACAAAGCAGAGAGAGCUAAGAAGUAUGGUGGUAAUGUGGGCUCUCGGCCGUCUCCACCAACAGAGCCAGGGCCGGUUCCGUCCUCUCCCAGCCAGGAGCCUCCCUCCAAGCGGGAGUAUGACCAGUGUCGCAUACAGGUCAGGCUGCCAGAUGGGACCUCACUGACCCAGACGUUCCGGGCACGGGAACAGCUGGCCGCUGUGAGGCUCUAUGUGGAGCUCCACCGUGGAGAAGAGCCUGGGGGAGACCAGGACCCUGUGCAGUUGCUCAGUGGCUUUCCCCGGCGGGCCUUCUCAGAGGCUGACAUGGAACGGCCUCUGCAGGAGCUGGGACUUGUGCCUUCUGCUGUUCUUAUUGUGGCCAAGAAAUGUCCCAGCUGAGAGGCCUUUAUCCCACCAUCUCUCUCUGACCUCUUCAUCUUUGAUAAAGCACUGACAUCUCCUUCCUAAUAAAUAGACCCUGAGUUCUCUA